UUCAAAGUUGACGUGCUAAGUAAAGCACACAACCGGAGGGAGAAACCACCACAGUGGGCGAUGGCCGAGCAAGGGACUCGGUACACGCCCAGCGUGUACCUGUCCGUGACGGAUGACGCGAACCGCUGGCGUGCAGGCCCCCCCCGACCGCAGCAACUCACGAACGAAUCGAAGAUAAAUAUGCUCAUGAACACGGGGCAAGGCCUGGCCAUCGAGAAGAACCUCGCCAAGUUUGACGUCAAAGUCCUGGCCGCUGAGACUCGAAAGCAGGCCUGGAUAAAAGACCUAGGCAUCGGGCCCAAGACGAGCUUCGUGGUUUACAUCAUCCGGGUGAGCCGAAUAAGGGACGGGGCGUCGUGCGUGUCGGCGCAGAGGUACAGCGAAUUACGAAGCCUCUACAACCACCUUAAGCACGAGGGGCAGGUGCGAUCCGAGGGCGCUCCCGAGUUUCCGGGGAAGCGGGUGGUGACGGAGGAGAGCUUCCUCGGCGACAGGUCCGACGCUAACAGCGAGUUCGUGAGGCACCGGAAGGAGCAGCUGGGUAGCUUCUUGCGCCAGUUGUUCAACAAGAACCCUGAGCUGUGGGAGCACCCCGACGUGGUUGAGUUCUUUAACCUGGAAGCCUUGGACCAAGGGAAGAGCUACGCGGAAAGGGCGCACGCGGCCGGAGGGGUUGGGAAUGGCGUCGGACACGGCUUGAGGAACUACGACCCGAGCGUGGCGUCCGAGUGGAACCCGUACUCCAUAGCGAUGCAAGCGGCACAGGAAAACCGCACAAGGAACACAGGCUACGUCGCCCACAGCAACGACAACAACUACAGAGGAGGAGGAGGAGGAGGAGGAGGAGGAGGUGAGGGAGAGGACACAGGAGGCGGAAUAGGGGCAUGGUUCCGCGGAAUCGGCGGAGGGGGGGGAGAGCAGCCAGACCAGGAGGGAAGAUUCGGCCCACAUCAAUCCAACGGUUACAAUAACAACGGCUACAACCACGGCGGGGGCGCUUCGGCUGCUCAGGGGAGGGGCCGAGGAUGGUGGCCAGGGGGUGGUGGGAACGCGGCGGCGGCGGCGGUGCCGCCGAAGGCGGUGCCGGGGAGUCCAGUGGAGAUCCAGGUCCAGGCUCUGCUGGACAUGGGGUUUGCAGAGGACGCGGCGAGACUGGCUUUGAGAGCGUCUGGCUACGACACCAACCUCGCCGCGGAGUACUGCGUGACGGGCAUACCCCCCGAUCGCGCUGCGUCCGUCGCCGCGCUGAGUCCCGCCGCCACCCCCGCCCCCUCUUCCUCUCGUGGCCGAAAGGGCUUGAUCGGGAACAACGUUGUUCCCUCCGGCGGCAACAGCGGCGGCGUACCCGCCUGGCGACGCGCAUCAGCGGGGGGGGGCACGCAAACCGGCGCGAUUUCGAACGGUGGGGGCUACGGGGGUGCGAUGACAGCAGCGCGCGGGGGGGCGGCCGUCGAUGGGGCGGGGAGAACAACCGGGCUUGACUGGCGAAACAUGCCUCGAGCGAACAACGGCGGUGGCGGCGGCGGCGGCGGCGGCGGGGGGGGAGGAACCGUUGACGUCUGAUUUCUGUAACGGUUUAUACAGUCCUCUGUUGUACAGAAAAAGAGGGAGUAAACGUACGUGCGAUGGGGUGUAUUGUGUUGUAGUACGUAUUGGUAGUGGUUCUGGAGUUUGUUUUGUUCUCAAGCUUUUAAUGGGUCCCAUCGUUAUGCGCGGUCGUCGCCUCCUUGUUUUUUUUUGCUUUUCACCCUGUCGUGGGAAGUUAUUGACGGGGAAUGCAGUGCGCCUGCUGCAAAGCGUCUGCGGUGCAAGGUGUCGUGGUACAGUAGAGCUAUCUCGAAAGUAGAUGGGGGGAACUUUUGUGUAGAGAUGGCCGCCUUGCUUUAUGUAGUGUGGGAAUGAGGUUUCUUUCAUUAUCUUUUUUA